AUGCUCGGACGCACCGUUUUUGCCGCGACUCUUUUCGCGCUUGCUCAAUCCGCUGCUACUGCGCCCCCUGCAUGUCUUCUUGCGGCUGCCGGCCAAUACAAUAACCCAGCCACCCUCAAGAUGGUAUGCGAAUCCAAGGACAUGAAGUCCUUGGUUGCCACGAUUUGUCCCAACGAUGUGGACGCUGCAGUGGCCGCGAUUGGAGCUAUCUGCAAUGGUCAGGGUGCAAAUGCUGCCUCCAACGUACCUUUGGCGACCGCCCCCCUGACUACGGGCUCCUCCCCUCAGCCUACUGGCACCAUUGAAGCCUCUACUUUGGUCCCUCUGUACCCCACCGGCUCUGGCGGUCACAACAGCGGAAAUGGCACCGCUCCCAUGUCGACUGGCGGUCUCACCAGCACAAAUGGUACUGCCACUUCCACUUCCACUUCCAGCGCGACUGGCACUCCCAAGCCUGUUACCAGCACCACUGGCUCUGCUAGUGUUCCCAACCCCAGCGGCGCCGCUGGCAAGGUCGAUCUCGGAUUCGCAGCUGUCUUCGCCGGAUUCAUGGUUGCUGUUUUGUAA